AUGGCCACGUCCUUGAUGGCAAGGCCAGUUCCGGCGACCCGAUCGCGCCCGCCGGUGGCAUUCGAGACGGUGCCAGGCAUGGAGGCCGUGUCAAGCUUCGACAGCAUGGGCCUGAGCAACGAUGUCCUCCGUGGAAUCUACGGCCAUGGGUUCGACAAGCCCUCGGCGAUUCAACAGCGAGCCGUGGUGCCGAUUGUCUGGGGCCAAGACGUGAUCGCUCAGGCGCAAUCCGGCACGGGCGAGACCUCCACCUUUGCCCACGCGUCGUGCCAGAUCGUGGACACCUCCAGAAGAGAGUACGCGAUCCUCUUCUUGAGCGAUGACCCUUCUGUACUAUCGGUUUUCUACUGGAAUUUGGUUGAGGCAUGUUAUGCGUUUUGCUUUGGAGGGUAA